UCUAAAUGUUGGCUACUUUGAUUUAGCGGUUUGUGACGGAUUCAUAACAAUAUGUUGGCAUUACAAAUAGGAUUUGGGAAUUGGGACUGUUUAUUGUUGUUUAACAAUAUUAGGAUUUCUUUCAGUACUUAUUACCUAUUGAAAGUUUCGAACUAAGAUACUACAAUGAAUAGGAAACCGAUAUCAUUUGGGAAAAUCACACUCAAUUUUGAAAAAGCAUCAACAAACGAGCAAACCUCAUCGCCUGAAGGAUUCGGUACAUUUGGUCGCACUCCUAUCCAAGAACAGAGGGAGAUUGAAGAAAUAGCCGAUGACUUAGAAAACCAACAUGUGCAGCAAGUAAUGGGUAUUAAAAACUUCGGGAAAAAAGCCAAAAACUUUGACUUAGAAGCAAUGGUCAAAGAAGCCAAAAGAAAUGCGGAGGAAGCUAACAAAAAAAAAUUAGAAGAAGCCGCAAAGACUUCUUGCGAAUUUCAAAAUGAUGAUCAUAGCGAUGUAAUAGGUCCCUUGCCACCUAGUGAAGAUCAAGAAGAAGAAAUUGGUCCUCCUGUUCCACUACAGUUAUCUAACAAUUCUGAUAUUGAUAAAUCAAAAAGUUCUAUAAAUGAAGAUAGUUACGAUGAAUUAAGUGGAUCAGAUGAUGAAGAACUAACUUUAGAAAAACGAAUACCAAAUACACAUGAAGUUCAAAUGCAACACGGAUCAAAAGCUGUUGUCGCUUUAUCUGUGGAUCCAUCUGGAGCCCGAUUAGCAACUGGAUCAAUUGACUAUGAAGUUUCCUUUUGGGAUUUUGCUGGUAUGGAUGCUUCAAUGCGUUCAUUCCGUACUCUACAGCCUUGCGAGAACCACCCUAUUAAGACACUCCAGUACUCCACAACCGGAGAUUCUAUAUUAGUUAUCAGUGGUUCUGCACAAGCUAAAGUACUGGACAGGGAUGGCUUCGAAGUACUUGAAUGUGUGAAAGGUGACCAGUACAUUGCUGAUAUGGCAAAGACGAAAGGUCACACAGCCUCACUGAACAGCGGCUAUUGGCAUCCGAACAUCCGCGAAGAAUUCAUGACGUGCGCACAAGACGGCACCUUACGUCUCUGGCUAACAGAUAACCCUAAACAACACAAAUCGGUCAUAAAACCAAGACAACAAGGAGGUUUAAAAACCAACCCUACCGCUUGCGCCUUUUCAAGAGAUGGCAACACUGUCGCAUGCGGCUGCUACGACGGCUCAAUACAAAUGUGGGACCACAGAAAGAACUUCGUUAACACCUCAGCAAUACUAAGAGAUGCACAUCAGAAACAGUCUGAAAUCUGCAGUAUAUCAUACUCUUACUUAGGUUCCUUUUUGGCGAGCAGAGGUAAUGAUGAUACCCUGAAACUCUGGGAUUUGAGGAGCUUCAAAAAGCCUGUACACAUAUUCGGUGGAUUAUUCUCCAGGUAUGAGCAGACUGAUUGCUCUUUCAGUCCUGAUGACAGCAUGAUCUUCACUGGAGUGUCGUUGGAUAGAGGCCAAGAGGUUGGGCGAUUGCUAUUCUAUAAUACGAAGACUUUCGAGUUGGUAACAGAGUUGGAAGUCGCCAAGUCCCAUGUGAUUAAAGCUGUGUGGCACGCAAAGUUAAAUCAAAUGUUUGUAGGGUGUGGGAACGGUGUCGUCAAAUGCUACUAUGAUCAGAAGAGAAGUUUGAGAGGCGCCAAACUGUGCGUCGUAAAAACACAUAGGAAGAAACAUUCCGUGGAAGUUGUGAGUUCCCAACAGAUCAUAACACCUCACGCCUUACCGCUAUUUAGACAAGAAAAACUGAGGACCAGCAAAAAGAAAAUGGAGAAAGACAGAUUGGAUCCUCUCAAAUCUAGGAGGCCUGAUUUGCCUAUAACAUCUGGCCAAGGAGGCAGAGUAGCAGCUUCCGGAAGUACGUUAAGUUCCUUCGUCAUUAGAAACUUGGGUCUGAGCAAGAGGGUGGAUGACGAGCAGGAUCCUAGGGAAGCCAUAUUGAAAUACGCUAAGGAAGCGGAAGAGAAUCCAUUUUGGGUGGCGCCGGCGUAUAAAAAGACUCAACCUAAACCGAUAUUCCAAAACGAAGACGGUGGUGACGAAGGACCCUCAGAUGCUAAGAAACAAAAAACUGAUUGAAUUGUAAAUAAUAUAUUUAUUUAUUAUCAAA